CCCAACGUCACGGCCUCUAGGUGCAGUGCCCCCUAGGGGCUCCCGCUCCGGUUGAGGAGGAAGGUGCAAGUCUUUCCUGCCACUGGCCCGUUACCCGCCGGCCGGUUCCCUGCCUGGCGCCCGCCCCGCCACCCUCGGGAGGAGCUACACGCCGCCGCCCGUCUGCGCGCCGCAGCCGCAUCUCCGCGUGGAGGGAGACCUGCCGCCCGUCGCUCUCGCCGCCUCGCGGGUCUCGCUGCGCCCCCGCGCCAUGAGCGCGCGCCUGCCGCUCUUCCUGCGCGGGCUCCGCCGCCCGCCGCGGCCCCCGGGCCCGCCGCUCCGCCUCCAAGCGCCCGGUCGCGCCAGCAGCAGCGGCCGUGGCGGCGGAGGUGGCGGCGGGGAGGGCCUGCUCGGGCAGCGGCGGCUGCAGGACGCCCAGGCCGGGAACAGUCGCGGCCAGGGCAGCCAGGCGCCUUCGGCGCGGGACUCGAUCGUCAGAGAAGUCAUUCAGAAUUCGAAAGAGGUUCUGAGUUUAUUGCAAGAAAAAAACCCUGCCUUUAAGCCGGUGCUGGCUAUUAUACAGGCAGGUGAUGAUAACUUGAUGCAGGAGAUAAACCAGAAUCUGGCGGAGGAGGCUGGUCUGAACAUCACUCACAUCUGCCUUCCUCCAGAUAGCAGCGAAGGUGAGAUUAUAGAUGAAAUCUUGAAGAUUAAUGAAGACACCCGAGUACAUGGCCUUGCCCUUCAGAUCUCCGAGAACUCAUUUAGCAACAAAGUCCUCAAUGCCUUGAAACCAGAAAAGGAUGUGGAUGGAGUAACAGAUGUAAACCUGGGGAGGCUGGUCCGCGGGGACGCCCACGAGUGUUACGUCUCACCUGUGGCCAGAGCUGUAGUUGAACUUCUUGAAAAGUCAGGUGUCAACUUGGAUGGAAAAAAGGUCUUGGUAAUAGGAGCCCAUGGGUCUUUGGAAGCCGCCCUGCAGUGCCUGUUCCAGAGAAGAGGGUCCAUGACAAUGAGCUCCCAGUGGAAAACACCUCAGCUUCAAAGCAAGCUUCACGAGGCUGAUAUCGCGGUCGUAGGCUCUCCCAAGCCAGAAGACAUUCCCCUUUCUUGGAUACAACCAGGAACUACAGUUCUCAACUGUUCCCAUGACUUCCUAUCAGGGAGGCUUGGAUGUGGUUCUCUUGGGGUUCAUUUUAACGGUCUCAUUGCAGAGGAUGAUGUGCGUCUCCUUGCUGCGGCUCUGCGGAUUCAGAACAUGGUCAGCAGUGGAAGGAGAUGGCUACGGGAACAGCAGCACGCAAGGUGGAGACUUCACUGCCUGAAACUCCAGCCUCUCUCCCCCGUCCCGAGUGAUCUUGAGAUUUCAAGAGCACAGACUCCAAAAGCCGUGGAUGUCCUUGCCAAGGAGAUAGGAUUGCUUGCAGAUGAAAUUGAAAUCUAUGGCAGAAGCAAAGCCAAAGUACGUUUGUCCCUGCUGGAAAGGUUAAAGGAUCAAGCAGAUGGAAAAUACGUUUUAGUAGCUGGGAUCACACCCACCCCUCUCGGGGAAGGGAAGAGUACAGUUACAGUUGGACUUGUACAGGCUUUGACUGCACACCUCAACAUCAACUCCUUUGCGUGUCUCAGACAGCCUUCUCAAGGACCAACUUUUGGCGUGAAAGGAGGGGCCGCGGGCGGCGGAUAUGCCCAGGUCAUCCCCAUGGAGGAGUUCAACCUUCACUUGACCGGGGACAUCCACGCCAUCACUGCCGCCAAUAACCUGCUGGCCGCCGCUAUUGACACAAGGAUUUUUCACGAAAACACUCAAACAGACAAGGCGCUGUAUAAUCGACUCGUUCCUUUAGUGAAUGGUGUUCGAGAGUUUUCAAGCAUUCAACUUGCUCGGCUGAAAAAACUGGGAAUAAAUAAGACCGAUCCAAGUACGCUGACGGAGGAGGAAAUAAGUAAAUUCGCCCGUCUCAACAUCGAGCCCUCCACCAUCACGUGGCAGCGAGUAUUGGACACAAAUGACCGAUUUCUACGAAAAAUGACGAUUGGGCAGGCGCCCACAGAGAAGGGGUAUUCCCGGCAGCUCUCACUCUGGAAAACUGGCCUCAGAACCAUCUUGCGCUGUCUGCCCCUCAGCUCUUGGCUGGACAAAUGCCACCCCCUUGACACACCAAUGAAUGACAGUGGAGGCGGUCGGCAGGCACAAUUUGACAUCGCAGUGGCCAGCGAGAUCAUGGCAGUGCUGGCCUUGACCGACAGCCUCACGGACAUGAAGGAGCGGCUGGGAAGAAUGGUGGUGGCCAGUGACAAAAAUGGGCAACCCGUGACAGCAGAAGAUUUGGGGGUCACAGGCGCAUUGACAGUUUUGAUGAAAGAUGCAAUAAAACCAAAUCUGAUGCAGACCCUAGAAGGAACACCUGUGUUUGUGCACGCUGGCCCCUUUGCUAACAUCGCCCAUGGCAACUCUUCAGUGCUGGCUGACAAAAUCGCGUUGAAACUGGUUGGCGAAGAAGGAUUUGUGGUAACUGAAGCCGGCUUUGGUGCUGAUAUUGGAAUGGAGAAAUUUUUCAACAUCAAGUGUCGAGCGUCCGGCUUGGUGCCCAACGUGGUGGUGUUGGUGGCCACCGUGCGGGCUCUGAAGAUGCACGGAGGCGGCCCGAGCGUAACUGCUGGUGUCCCGCUUAAGAAAGAAUAUACAGAGGAGAACAUCCAGCUGGUGGCAGACGGCUGCUGCAACCUUCAGAAGCAGAUUCAGGUUGCUCAGCUCUUUGGGGUCCCCGUCGUCGUGGCUCUGAAUGUCUUCAAGACCGACACCCGCGCGGAGAUUGACUUGGUGUGUGAGCUGGCGAAGCGGGCCGGCGCCUUUGAUGCGGUCCCCUGCUAUCACUGGUCGGUCGGCGGGAAAGGGUCGGUAGACCUGGCCCGGGCUGUGAGAGAAGCUGCAGGUCAAGGAAGCCGUUUCCGAUUCCUCUACGACCUCCAGCUUCCAAUUGUAGAAAAGAUAAGAACCAUCGCGCAGGCUGUAUAUGGAGCCAAGGAUAUCGAACUGUCUCCUGAGGCACAAUCCAAAAUAGAUCGUUACACACAACAGGGGUUUGGAAAUCUGCCCAUCUGCAUGGCAAAGACUCACCUUUCUCUGUCUCACCAACCUGACAAGAAAGGCGUACCCAGAGAUUUCAUUUUGCCCAUUAGUGAUGUCCGGGCCAGCAUAGGCGCUGGGUUCAUCUACCCUCUGGUCGGAACGGAAUUGGAACCUCGUGGCAGUCUGGCGGCUUGGCGUCCCCAUUAAUUCCUUUCUUUCUGCUGUUGCGCAGACCCCAGCCACGUGAACUCUGACUGUGUCCCAUGGAUUGCACGUGGGCUCCAGUGCCGGGAAACAGUGGAUGGUUAUUUCUGAUUGCACGUUUGCAAUUUUUGGUGAGGUUCUAAGGGACAUCCACGUAGCAUUGAAAAACAAGUUUACUCUCAGGCAUGGCUGCAUAAAAGAGGUGAUUGAUGCUAACCAGAUAACACAGUCCUGAUUCACUCCACUGGCAGCGGAGGAGGCUUCUGGGGAAACAAACCAGGAUAACAGCUAGAAUGCAGAUCUCCUAGCAGUGCUGUGUUUUUGAUCAGAUCACAAGAUGACAAAAGAAAGUUUAUGCUGUCCCCCUGUCUGUGGCAACAGAGGCAUGACCGACCGCCUGAACCCGCUGAAGUUAAAAAGCCACAUUGUGACUUUGCGGGGCACCGAUGCCUUGUGCCUGGUGACCCAUUAAGGGGAACUUGAGCCAAGAUCUUAUCUUGGAUGAAGAUGGAGACACCUCAGGAUUUUCCAGUAUCGUUUUUCACUUUUAUUCUUGGAUGUGGUUAGUAACGCUACCGGGGCUUUCAAAUCCUGACGCAUUUCCUCAUGGUUCCAAGUAGCUGCUGCAGAUCAGUUUCUUGAACUGAGGAUUCAGUUACAACGUCCAUAUGCUUCCCAGCCCACUCUCUGACCUUUGUUCUUUUUCAGGACUUUUUCAGGCUUUUAAUGUUUCCAUUCGCUAAUCCCAGGAGACUCUGUCAAUACUCUGAGUAUACAGCCCAAGUUAUUUCUUUCAGAAGUUAACUCGAAAUUUCUUAAGCUUCUUGGGAAUUGCAUAAAUUUUUUAACUUAAAAAUCAUUUACUUGCAACGUUAAGACAAUAAAACUGGACAGAACAGGAACACUACAACUUCAAGGACGGUCUUCCGUAGGCCAGAAAGUAACCACUUUCCCCACACUUAGCAUUGUCAACAGUGAUACAUUCAUGGUUUGGACCAUCAGUAUCCUUAAGAAUGACAUCAAUACUUGUCCACAGCCUUAUUUCUUUUGAACUCGGCUCGGUUUCUUUGAAGCAGUGAUCAUGGUAUCCAGCUUUGAUUCCUUUCCUGUGGACCUGUGCCAGUGUGCCUGAUUUCAUUAAAUUUUUGGAAAGGACUAAAAC